AUGGAGAAUUCCUACGGUGUGGGGAUCGAUAACAGAUACGCUCUUUUUUUGGACGACGAGUCCGAUCCUCUUGAUACGUUAAAAGCGCGAGAGCAAGCAAAAGAGCUUAAAAAGAAGACCAAAGAAGCUGAAAAAGAGAACAAAGGGAAACCUGAGACCAAACCCAAGGGUGCUAGUGUCGUCGCCCGUAAGGGAAUCAAGGAAACCCAAAAUGUGAAAGCUCAAGAAAAUAAGAGCGGCGAUCAACAAAAGAGCAAAGGACCCCCACGGACUGGUGAGCGCAAUACUGAGCGUCCGCCUCCAAGGCGUCGCGAGGAUCGGCCGCAGAACGGAGCCGUUGAAAGCAAGGAUGGUGCACCACGGCCACCUCGUCGGGAGUUUAGUGAUCGUCGGCCUAAUUUUGAGCGCCGUAACAACUUCAACGACAAUAUUGAAGGUGGUGAACGCCGUGGACCUCGGCCACAGCGUGAACCGCGUGAGCCACGUGAGGGACAACGCGGACCAAGACCUGCGUAUUAUAGUAGAGGCAAGCGUGAGUUCGACAGAAGAUCCGGUUCUGAUAAGACUGGUGUGAAGCCCGUCGAGAAGCGUGAAGGAGGAGGCUCUCACAACUGGGGUACCAUCAAAGAUGACUUGGACGAUUUCCAAAAGACGGGUUCAGAAGGUGAAACUGGUGACGAGAAGGUUCCGGAUGUUGCAGCCGCCGGCGAUGGGCAACAGCCCGAUGCGGAGCGUACAGUGCCCGCCGAAGAGGAGCCUCGCGUGCUCACGUUGGACGAGUACAAGGCUUUGCGCAACGCUCAGCGUACGGCUCCGCAGUACAAUUUGAGAAAGGCAGGUGAAGGCGAGGACCUCAGCCAAUGGAAAAACCUCGUUAUGCUCGAGAAGAAGAAGGAGGGUGGAGAGGAUGACGAAAGCGAUGAAGAAUAUGAUAUGGCUGACUACCCGCAACGUGUGGGUCGUCAGAAGCGUGUGCUGGGUAUAGAGUUUACGUUCAGUGACACGGCGCGGCGCGGCGGCACGGGCGGCCGCGGGCGCGGGCGCGGACGCGGGCGCGGGCGCGCUCCGCCGCGCGAGGAGCCUCAGCCCGAGGAGCGCCCGCUGCCGCGCAACCAGGUGGCACCCCCGAAGGUUGACGACAGCAAGGAUUUCCCCUCUCUCAGCUAG